AAUACAUUCAUGGAAGAACAGAGAUUUUAGAUUUCGUAUCCCCAAAUGUAAAGUAUGUUUGACACAGCCAAUUUAUCAUCUGGGUAAUCAGCUGAAAUUUUACAUCAACUUGGGUAUACGACUUAAUCUACUUUAGGGAUGUUGAAUCAAUAAUGGUGAAAUUAGAAACCGAUUCCAAAAAUGGCAUAGCAGAUGUCGAAGGAAGACAAGAACAGUUUGGAAGCAACCGCUUAGAGCCUCCCAAAUUGUCCCCCUUCUACAUGUGCAUGUACAAAUAAACAAAAGACUUCUGCAUCCGAAUUCUGGCAUUCGCUACAGUAAUCAUGUUCAUGAUGGCUUUCUUCUCCGAAGAACCAUUUGAACAAAUAGUACAAGCAUUUUCCAUACUCAUUGCCAUCUGUGCCGUCGUAAUCAUAGGAGCCAUGACCGAUUAUAGAAAGGAAAAAUAAUUUAGAUAAUUAUAUUUGGAAUAAGAAGAACAACAAAAAAAGCUGUUUCAAGUUGUUCGAAAUGGCAAUGUGAAUCAAAUGAAUCAUCUUGACUUGUUGGUGGGCGACAUUAUCACAAUCAAACCAGGAGAUAAUAUCACUGUCGAUGGAAUACUACUCGAAGGCACUGAAACAGUAGAGGUAGAUGAAAGUAUGAUUUCAGGAUUAACUGAUACAAUCUCCAAACAACCAAUAUCUAAAGGCUUAAACUGUUUUAUCCGAGGAGGCAGCAACAUCUUUGAGGGCACAGCAAAAGUUGUCGUUCUAGCUGUAGGUACAUCUACAUACUCCAACAGAAUGAAACACGAUAAUCAAUAAAAGGAAGAAGGAGAAGAAGAAUUGAUACACGAUGAAAGAUCACCAUUGGCUAAGGCUCUUGAAACCUUGGCCAAAUUUUUGGUGUUCAUAGGUUGCAUGAGUGCUUUAGCCAUGUUUAUAGUCCUAGAAUUGUACAUGGUUAGAGAAUUGAAUGAAUUACAAGAGAAAAUAUUCUCCUAAUUUGCUCUUAAGAAAGUGUUAUCCGAUUUCAUUGAUGCCUUCUUAAUCAUUGUCCUAUCCAUUCCUGAAGGUUUACCUCUGAUUGUUACUUUGUCCUUGGCUUUUUCAAUCGCUAAACUCAGAUAACAUGAUAUUGUCAUUAGAAAUCUACAUGUUUGCUAAGUCUUAGGUGGAGUCGACACUUUAUGUUUUGACAAGACAGGCACUUUAACCUAUAACAAUCUCAAAGUCAGCAAUCUCCACGUUGCUAAUGAAGAAAGAGUCCACAAUAUUCCCCCUCAUGAUCCACUAUUUAGAAUUUUAUCAGAAGCCAUACUGUCUACCAAUUCAGCCUUUCUACCAGAUGAAAUUGCAAAAUAAUUGAGAUACAAUGAGCAAUUAGAUCUGAAUUCAAAUCCUAAUAAGAAGACACAAGAGCAAGCCAAGAUGCUGUAAUCUGUUAACGAUGCCAGCAAAAAGAGUGAUUGGAGUGGAAAUAGAUUGGAUGUUGCAUUAAUUGAUUACUUGGAAGUUAAGUUGAGAAGGGAGUUUGUGGUUGAAUAUUUGCAAGACCUUAAGAAUCAAAUUCGAAAGACUAUUCCUCUUAAUAACUAUGGUUUUCAUGCUGAAAUUCUCCAUGUAAGAGGCGACAAAUACAGAAUCAUUUUGAAGGGGAAAGCAAAAGAUAUUAUUGAGAAAUGCAAUCAACUCAAUAUAUCCAUUCCUGACAAUUAAAACUUCUAGAUCUAUGAACCAGGAAACUUCACAAUUUAAUAUUGUGCUUAUUCUAACAUGACUACUGAAUGUGCAGAAUUAGAGAAAAAUGCUGUAUUAAAUUACAAUUCAUAAUCCUUAAAGACCAUUUCAUUCGCUUACAAAGAUGUCUAAAUAUCAAACCUUAUUGAAUAGGAUUGGUAAUAAUUGCUUACAUAAAACAAUUUCACAUACAUUGGUACUAUUGCAAUGAGGGAUGAUAUAAGAUAGGAAGCAAAAAGAUUGGAUAGUGCCUUAAAGAUGGGAAAUAUGAGUGUGAUGAUCUUAACAGGAGACACAAGAGUUAACACUGUUAAUGUAGCGAAGUAAUUGGGUUGGGUGAGUUGUGAUUAGGCAGAUGCUGAAAUUCAAAGAACUAGUGAACAUUUACCUAAAUCAUCUUAAUUGGUUAAUCAACAAGAGAUUGUAAUUGAUCCUUCAACAGGAGAGGAACAGAAGAGUGCUCAAAUCAUUUCAUAAAUAAUUGAGUGUCCAAAAGAUGAAAUUCAACCUUUGUUGUAGAAUGAUUACGAGAGUUAGUACAUGAAACAACAAUCAUUCAGCAAUCUAUUGAUUUUGAACUUUUAGGAGUACGUGAUUAGAAUCAGAAAGAUAUUGAAGGAAUCAAACAUCUACUACACUCAUUAAGAAGUAAAUGAAAGAAAUAUAGUAUCUAAAAUACCAGAAAUCUAAGAUGACACUUUGGCAUGCGAUGUAAUCUAAUGUUUAUAAUAUGUAGAAAGUAUCAAAGAUGAAUAACUAAUUGCAGAUCUUGGCAGAUUUAAAUCAACAUCAGAAGCACCAAUUCUUGGAGGUCUAUUCAAACAUCAACUAAUCUACCAUUGGGUACAUUGGAGAUGGUAAUAAUGAUGCCAUUGCAUUGUAAACUGCUUCAGUGGGUAUCACUUUGGGCAAAACAGCUACCAACAUAGCAAGGGAAUGCAGUGGAAUUAUCUUAAUGAAUGACAAGUUGGAUGGCAUUGAACUAUGUAUGAAAUACGGUAGAAACAUCUUUUUGAAUAUCAAAAGAUUCAUCUACUUCCAAUUGAGUUUCUUUUUAAAUUCAAUUGCUAUCAUGUUGACUUCUUCCAUCGUAUUGAAGCAAUAACCAUACACAGUUUUGGAAGUCAUUUGGUUGAGUUUGUAUGAUUAUAUUCUUUAUCAUUUAGAGUGCAAGACAUCUUCUCUGCAGUUGCUUUGAGUACAGAAGUACCUUAAGACGAUGUCUUAAAGAGGACUAAGCCAGCCAAAAGAGGAGAGAACAUCAUUGAUAAAUUCUUGCUGUAGAUGACUUGCACUCAAGCAGUCUUUCAAUAUUUGGCAACCCUAAUUGUGUUGUUUUUGACUCCAUCCAUUUUUGGAAUUGAGUACUAAUUUGUGCUAUAUGUAAUAGACCAUCAUACAAACAUGAUUUGCAUGCCCUUGGAGCUGAAUUCGUACCUGAGUUUGCUAUCCAUUAUACUUUGGUGUAUCAUUUGACUGCGAUGUUCUAAAUUGUGAAUUUGGUGUGCAGUCGAAGAAUUGGACAACACGAAUACAAUGUUUUUGAUGGAAUUCACAAAAACAAGCCAUUCACAAUUAUGAUCGUGGGUCUACUGAUAAUUCAGUAGGUCAUCAUUUAUGCAGGAGGUAAGUACUUCAAGACUGCUUAAUUGACUAUUUGGUAAAACAUGUUCUGCCUCUGUUUAUCAUUCGGAGCCUUGCUUGUAUUUUGGUUGUCCAAAUAUUUAUAUUCAACCAGGAAAUGAAG